CUGAAGGGUGUGUCUGUGUCUGCGCACGAACCUAAAGUCUCUCCGCCCUCCUGCUCCGCGCUGACAGUCUACCUCAUCCGCAUUCGGUUUUUCUGCAAAAUAUAUCUGCGAAUUAUGCGCCAAACUGACAUCUAAGGGCUUUUUGCUGUUAUCUUUCCAAUGUGCGAAGAAGAAGCGCUUUGGAGUCGUCGCGCGCGCGUCGGCGGAGCAGUUUGCGCGUGAGGAUUUGGGAUUUCCACAGGGCCCUGAGUUUUUUCCAGCAGCCAUGUAUCAGGUCGUAAAGAAGCUGGUGUUGAUGGAGUGCCGGUGCGCAGCUGAUGCGUCAAACCAGUACGAGGAGCUGUUCGCCAAACUGGACACCAACAAGGAUGGAAAAGUGGACGUGUCCGAGCUGAAGGCAGGCCUGGCUGCCAUGGGCAUCCGGACCACCAAAGGAGCCGCUCAGAAAAUCAUUUCCUCUGGUGACAAAGAUAAAGAUGAAGGACUUGACUUCAACGAGUUCACCAAGUACCUCAAGGAGCAUGAGAAGAAGCUACAGCUGACCUUCAAGAGCCUGGACAAAAACAAUGACGGUCAAAUAGAUUCCACAGAGAUCAAACAGUCGCUUGCAGAUCUUGGACUGGACAUCAGUAGCAAGGAGGCAGAGAAGAUCCUUCAGAGCAUCGACGUGGACGGCACCAUGACCUUGGACUGGAAUGAAUGGAAGGAACACUUUUUAUUCAACCCAGCCACCAAUCUGCAGGAGAUCAUUCGUUAUUGGAAGCACACCACGGUGCUGGAUGUUGGAGACAGUCUCACUAUACCAGAUGAGUUCACAGAGGAGGAGAAGACGACAGGUUUGUGGUGGAAGCAGCUGUCGGCGGGGGCCAUGGCGGGCGCCGUGUCCCGCACAGGCACCGCCCCUCUGGACAGAAUGAAGGUCUUCAUGCAGGUGCACGCCUCCAAGAGCAACGAAAUCAACCUGGUUAGUGGUUUCAAACAGAUGUUAAAAGAAGGAGGUCCAAGAUCUUUGUGGAGAGGAAACGGAAUUAAUGUCCUGAAGAUCGCCCCAGAGACGGCCAUUAAAUUCAUGGCUUAUGAGCAGUAUAAGAAGCUGCUGGCCAGUGAACCAGGAAAGGUCAAGACGCAUGAGAGGUUCAUCGCCGGAUCGCUGGCUGGAGCCACGUCACAAACGGCCAUCUACCCCAUGGAGGUCCUGAAAACCCGCCUGACCCUGAGGAAGACGGGGCAGUACUCUGGAAUGUAUGACUGCGCCAAGAAAAUCCUUAAGAACGAAGGCGUGAAGGCGUUUUACAAAGGCUACAUCCCCAAUAUUCUGGGCAUCAUUCCGUAUGCUGGGAUAGAUCUGGCUAUAUACGAGAGCAUAAAGAACCUCUGGUUGUCCCGCUACGCCAAAGAUACAGCCAACCCUGGAAUUCUGGUGCUGUUGGGCUGCGGUACCAUCUCCAGCACGUGUGGCCAGCUGGCCAGCUACCCGCUGGCUCUGAUCCGCACCAGGAUGCAGGCACAAGCUUCUGUGGAGGGGACGGAGCAGCUGCCCAUGACCCGGAUGGUGAAGACGAUUUUGGAAAGGGAGGGCUUCUUUGGACUUUACCGUGGCAUCCUGCCCAAUUUUAUGAAGGUCCUGCCGGCGGUCAGCAUUAGCUACGUGGUGUACGAGUACAUGCGCACUGGUCUGGGUAUUCAGAAGUAGAGCUGCCUGUAAGCACUAAUCCACACAUCUUCUCCUGUAACGUACGAGCUCACCAAAGUCAAGAACUGAGCCGCGGCACACGGCGUCGCUGUAGGAGUCUCACCUUCAGGGUGUCUGUGAUGGCCACCACUUCUGGCAUGUUUCAAACUGUGCACGUUGUCCUGGCUUUGGGUGUUAACUGCAACGCACACACAGGGCACGAAAGGGGUCAAAUAUAUAUUUUUUCCAUUUAACAAAGUAUCUGGGACGAGUGCUUCCUUUCACAAUCUUUUCUGGACAUAAAUUGUUUACAUUAUGUUUGAGACAGGUGGGAGCCUUUCGGAGUGGAUUUCACACGAGUGCCGCUAUUUCGUCCCCCCCCCCCAUGAAUUUCUGCAUUGUUUUCACGAAGUGGGGAAAAAAACGUGCCUUAUGUGGUUCUUCUGAGAUGUGUGCUGACUCCCGUUGCUGCCUUUCCAAUGUUUGGUUGACUAAAUGGUGUCUAUAUGAAUAAAAUUUGAAUACAAAGUGGGAA